AUGAGGACGUGGCAGGACGAGUGGAGCUGCGCACGACUGUCGCUACGUCUACGCGAUGAACAGCUCUUUCAGUGCGAAACAGUGGACCUGCAAGUGUGUGCUGAGACGAGAAUACCGUCGUAUAGGUCCAAAGCUCUUGAGGGCAACCAGGAACCACAGACCGCUGCACAAGUGCUGCAGCGCUGGCAAGAACACUUUGAAGGAGCGCGUGUCCACAUUCGGAUCGAGGAAGUCUCUGGCACGGACCAAAACCUGACAAGCCGCUCCGUGUCCUGUCUGUCUACUUUACUUCGGCAAGAGACACGCGUUUCUCAUGUCGUUGAGGGUUCAUCGGGGAGCAGCCAUGGAGUCGUGGUGGUGCUGCUGCAGGCCCAGUUUGACCUGGAAGUCUGUCACGAAUUCUGGGACCGAUCGUUGCUGCUGGUUCUGCACAUUACACCGAACGAAGGCGUGUUCCAAGCUGAUCAAGGGAACAGUGACGAUGUAGCCACUGGUGUUGGAGCGAGAGAGUCUUUUUGGAGACCUUUGCUGCUACGAGACGAGUGGGCGAGCUCACACCUCCUUUCACUCACCCGUGAACAGGCACAGCCAACGCUGCUAAUGACGCGUCGUAUCGAGCAGCACAUUGUAGUUACAAAGCCGUUGCGUCUUGUGCUUGAGUCCCGUGAACUGGCUGGACAACGCAUCGGGAUACUAGCUCGAGUCUCAAACACACAUUUGACGUUAGCAGUGGCAGUGAGAGACUUGCGUCUUCAUCUGGAUCAGUCGUCAAGAGCUCAGAACAAAGAUAUGAGUCGUUUUCGCAUCGUGAAUGGCGACAAAGCAUCCAAUCCAGUUGUGUUGGAACCUCAAGAGCGCUACAACUUCCUCUUUGUGUUGGAGCCAGCAAAAACGUUGAUACUGAACGAGUCGCUCAGACUAGACGAAGAUAACCGGGCGACGUCGAACGCAUCCGUGUUGCGAAAGGAAGUCAUGUCACCCGUAUUGCAUGUUUCGACGUCAUCUGCUCCUCAACGUACGUCACUCACGCUAUCCUGGAAAGCAAUGACAUGCACAAUGGAUGCUGUCACAGAAACUUGCACGAUCGAUUGGUUUCCGAAGGCACCUUCGGAACCAUAUGCCUCGCCGUCAAGUGGCAAGGACGAGCUUGAUAUGUGCAUUCGAAAGCUCAUGCCGCCUCUGGUCGGGGGACAUCUGCAACGAGGCAAAAAGUUCCAUGAUGAUUUUAAACGUGAACGACUUCUUCCGAACUCGGUCUUGCAGAUGACCGUUGCCCCACUUGCAUCGAACGUAUUGAUUGGAAAUGCCGUGACGGCAAGUGUGGUGGUAGUGAAUCGCUCCACACGCACCGAGUUCGACUUGACGUUAUUGCACCCUUCGCAAUAUAUGGGUAUCACCGACGGGGAAAACAACUGCACUACACCAGUCGUCGUGGGAUUUGAAGGCUGUCAAAGAUUAGGGUUGGUGCGUCCAGGCAUGAGCGUCGAACGGAGGUUGCGCAUUGUUUUUCUACGAUUGGGGAAGUGCAAGCUGGGUCCGCUAGUGCUGGCUGACCACUUUACACGCACAUGCUUCGUAUCUGACGACUGGAAUGUUUUCGUGAAAGACUGA